AUGGGCAUCACCAACGGCAGCGCGCCUGCCAAUGGCCACGGCAGCUCCAACGCCGCCAAAUAUGACCUCCCCUCACAUUUCAUCGGUGGCAACCAUCUCGAGGUAGCACCGCCCAGCACCAUCAAGGAUUUCGUCGCCCGCAAUGGCGGUCACUCUGUCAUUACAUCGGUUCUCAUCGCCAACAACGGUAUCGCCGCUGUCAAGGAGAUUCGAUCAGUGCGGAAAUGGGCCUACGAGACUUUUGGCAACGAGCGUGCCAUCCAGUUCACCGUGAUGGCCACCCCGGAGGACCUGCGCGCCAACGCCGACUACAUCCGCAUGGCCGACCAAUAUGUCGAGGUCCCCGGCGGCACCAAUAAUAAUAAUUAUGCCAACGUCGAGCUCAUCGUCGAUGUGGCCGAGCGCAUGGACGUCCACGCCGUGUGGGCCGGCUGGGGUCACGCCUCCGAGAACCCUCGGCUACCCGAGUCGCUGGCGGCCUCGCCGAAGAAGAUCAUUUUCAUUGGCCCCCCCGCCUCGGCCAUGCGCUCCCUGGGCGACAAGAUCUCGUCUACCAUUGUCGCACAGCAUGCCGGUGUGCCCUGUAUCCCCUGGUCCGGCACUGGUGUCGAGGAGGUCACGAUUGAUGACAAGGGCAUUGUGACGGUGGAGGAUGAUGUCUACAGUCGUGGCUGCACCCACUCGCCGGCAGAAGGUCUGGUGAAGGCCAAGGAGAUUGGUUUCCCCGUCAUGAUCAAGGCCUCUGAAGGUGGUGGUGGUAAGGGUAUCCGGAAGGUCGAGAAUGAAGAGGAGUUUGAGUCCUUGUACAACGCCGCCGCCAACGAGAUCCCCGGUUCGCCCAUCUUCAUUAUGAAGCUUGCCGGGAACGCCCGCCACUUGGAGGUCCAGCUGCUGGCCGAUCAGUACGGCAACAACAUCUCCCUCUUCGGCCGUGACUGCUCUGUCCAGCGUCGUCACCAGAAGAUUAUCGAGGAGGCUCCGGUCACCAUCGCCAAGCCCAUUACCUUCCAGGCCAUGGAGAAGGCCGCCGUCAGCCUCGGCCGCCUGGUCGGCUAUGUGUCUGCCGGUACUGUGGAGUAUCUGUACUCGCACGCGGAGGAUAAGUUCUACUUCCUCGAGUUGAACCCCCGUCUCCAGGUCGAGCACCCGACCACCGAGAUGGUUUCCGGUGUCAACCUGCCCGCCGCCCAGCUCCAGAUUGCCAUGGGUAUUCCCCUGCACCAGAUCCGUGACAUUCGUCUGUUGUACGGCGUCGACCCCAACACCUCCACCGAGAUCGACUUCGACUUCUCCAGCGAGGAGAGCUUCAAGACCCAGCGUCGCCCCCAACCCAAGGGCCACACCACUGCCUGCCGUAUCACCUCCGAGGAUCCCGGAGAGGGCUUCAAGCCCUCCAGCGGUACCAUGCACGAGCUGAACUUCCGCUCUUCGUCUAAUGUCUGGGGUUACUUCUCCGUCGGUACCGCCGGUGGUAUCCACAGUUUCUCCGACAGCCAGUUCGGUCAUAUUUUCGCCUACGGUGAGAACCGUUCGGCUUCCCGAAAGCACAUGGUCGUUGCCCUGAAGGAGCUCAGCAUUCGGGGUGAUUUCCGCACCACGGUGGAGUAUCUGAUCAAGCUACUCGAGACUCCCGCUUUCGAGGACAACACCAUCACCACUGGAUGGCUGGACCAGCUCAUCUCUAACAAGCUGACCGCCGAGCGCCCCGACCCCUAUGUCGCUGUUAUCUGCGGUGCCGUCACCAAGGCGCACCUUUCCUGCGAGGCUGGUGUCGAGGAGUACCGUAAGGGUCUCGAGAAGGGCCAGGUGCCCUCCAAGGACAUCCUGAAGACCGUCUUCCCGGUGGACUUCAUCUAUGAGGGCUCUCGCUACAAGUUCACUGCUACCCGUGCCAGCUUGGAUAGCUACCACCUAUUCAUCAAUGGCUCCAAGUGCUCAGUAGGUGUCCGCGCUCUGGCGGACGGUGGUCUGUUGGUUCUGCUUAAUGGCCGCAGUCACAACGUCUACUGGAAGGAGGAGCCUGCUGCCACCCGCCUGAGCGUGGAUGGCAAGACCUGCCUUCUGGAGCAGGAGAACGACCCUACCCAGCUGCGCUCCCCCUCCCCCGGUAAGCUGGUCAAGUUCACCGUGGAGAACGGCGAGCACGUCCGUGCUGGCCAGGCGUAUGCCGAGGUCGAGGUCAUGAAGAUGUACAUGCCCCUCAUUGCCCAGGAGGACGGUAUUGUGCAGCUCAUCAAACAGCCCGGUGCCACCCUCGAGGCCGGCGACAUCCUCGGUAUUCUCGCUCUGGAUGACCCCUCGCGCGUCAAACAUGCCCAGCCCUUCACGGGCCAGCUGCCCGAUCUUGGCCCCCCCGUCGUGGUCGGUGUUAAGCCCCCCCAGCGCUUCUUCCUGCAAUAUAGCAUUCUGGAGAACAUCCUGCGCGGUUUCGAUAACCAGGUCAUCAUGGGUGCUACCCUGAAGGAGCUGGUUGACGUCCUGCGCAACCCCGAGCUGCCCUACGGCGAGUGGAACGCCCAGUCCUCGGCUUUGCACUCCCGCAUGCCCCAGAAGCUGGAUGCUCAGCUGCAGACCCUGGUCGACAAGGCCAAGGCCCGCAAGGCCGAGUUCCCUGCCAAGCAGCUCCAGAAGACCAUCGUCCGCUUCAUUGAGGAGAACGUCAACCCCGCUGAUGCCGAGAUCCUCAAGACCACUCUCCUGCCUCUGGUGCAGGUCAUCAACAAGUACAUGGAUGGCCUGAAGACCAACGAGUACAACGUGUUCAUUGGUCUGCUCGAGCAGUACUACGAGGUCGAGAAGCUGUUCAGCACUGGCACCAAGCGCGACGAGGAUGUUAUUCUGAAGCUGCGUGAGGAGAACAAGGAUGACAUCACCAGCGUUGUUUUCACUGUCCUCUCUCACAGUCGCAUUGGCUCCAAGAACAACCUGGUCCUGGCCAUCCUGGACAUGUACCGCCCCAACCAACCCAACGUUGAGAACGUCGGCAAGCACUUCAAGACCAUCCUCAAGAAGCUGACCGAGUUGGAGGCCCGCGCUGCUGCCAAGGUUACCCUCAAGGCCCGUGAGGUCCUCAUUCAGUGUGCUCUGCCUUCCUUGGAGGAGCGCCUGUCUCAGAUGGAGCACAUCUUGCGCUCCUCAGUCGUCGAGUCCCGCUACGGUGAGACCGGGUGGGAGCACCGUGAGCCCGACUUCGGUGUCCUCAAAGAGGUCGUGGAUUCCAAGUACACCGUCUUCGAUGUCCUGCCUCGUUUCUUUAUCCACACGGAUCCUUGGGUGACUCUCGCUGCCCUGGAGGUCUACGUGCGCCGUGCCUACCGUGCCUACACUCUGAAGGGCAUCGACUACAGCGCUUCCGGCGAGCCUCCCAUCCUGUCCUGGGACUUUUCCCUCGGCAAGCUCGGCCAGCCCGAGUUCGGCUCUCUCUCCUCGACUCAGCCCUCCACCCCCAGCACCCCCACUGCGGAGAUUAACCCCUUCAAGCGGAUCAACUCCAUCAGCGACAUGUCCUACCUGGUUAACGAUCCGUCUAGCGAUCCCAUCCGCAAGGGUGUCAUCAUUCCCAUUCAGUACCUCGAGGAUGCAGAGGAGUAUCUGUCCAGGGCUCUGGAGGCUUUCCCCCGUGCCGGCUCGAAGACUCAGCGCGGCGGUGACAACGGCCUGAUCGCUAAUCUGGAGGGCAAGCGUCGCCCCGCUCUGAAAACCGAGAACGACGAGCUUACCGGUGUGCUCAACAUCGCCAUCCGCGACAUCGAGGACCAGGAUGACUCUCAGAUCGUGGGCCAGAUGCAGAAGCUGCUGGCCGAUGCCAAGGACGAGCUCCUGUCCCGCCGCAUCCGCCGUGUCACUUUCAUCUGCGGCAAGAAGGGAGUGUACCCCGGCUACUUCACCUUCCGUGGCCCUACCUACGAGGAGGAUGAGAGCAUCCGGCACAGCGAGCCUGCUCUGGCCUUCCAGCUGGAGCUGGGCCGUCUGUCCAAGUUCAAGAUCAAGCCUGUUUUCACUGAGAACCGCAACAUCCAUGUCUAUGAGGCGAUUGGCAAGGGUCCUGAGAAUGACAAGGCCGUCGACAAGCGCUACUUCAUUCGUGCUGUGGUGCGCCCCGGUCGUCUCCGUGACGACAUCCCCACCGCCGAGUACCUGAUUUCGGAGGCUGACCGUCUGAUGAACGACAUUCUGGAUGCUCUUGAGAUUAUUGGCAACAACAACUCCGAUCUGAACCACAUCUUCAUCAACUUCUCCCCCGUCUUCAACCUGCAGCCCAUUGACGUCGAGCAGGCUCUGGCUGGCUUCCUGGAUCGUUUCGGCCGCCGCCUGUGGCGCCUGCGUGUCACCGGUGCUGAGAUCCGCAUUCUGUGCACCGAUCCCACCACUGGCAUGCCCUACCCUCUGCGUGUCAUCAUCAGCAACACCUACGGAUUCAUCAUCCAGGUCGAGCUGUACAUCGAGCGCAAGUCCGAGAAGGGCGAGUGGAUCUUCCAGAGCAUUGGUGGCACCAACAAGCUCGGCUCCAUGCACAUGCGUCCCGUGUCGACCCCCUACCCAACCAAGGAGUGGCUCCAGCCUAAGCGGUACAAGGCUCACCUCAUGGGCACCCAGUACGUGUACGACUUCCCCGAGCUGUUCCGCCAGGCCUUCCAGAACAGCUGGACCAAGGCUGUCGAGAACAUUCCCUCGCUGGCUUCACAGCGCCCGGCCGUUGGUGAGUGCAUCGACUACAGCGAGCUGGUUUUCGACGACACCGAUAACCUCGUCGAGGUCUCUCGUGAGCCGGGUACCAACUCUCACGGUAUGGUCGGCUGGAUUGUCACCGCUCGUACCCCCGAGUACCCCCGCGGCCGUCGCUUCAUCAUCGUCGCCAACGACAUCACCUUCCAGAUCGGUUCGUUCGGUCCCCAGGAAGACAAGUUCUUCCACAAGUGCACUGAGCUCGCUCGCAAGCUCGGUAUCCCGCGCAUCUACCUGUCUGCCAACUCGGGUGCCCGCAUUGGUAUGGCCGAUGAGCUGAUUCCGUACUUCUCGGUUGCGUGGAACGACGUGAACAAGCCCGAGGCUGGCUUCAAGUAUCUCUACCUCACUCCCGAGGUCAAGAAGCGCUUUGAUGCCAGCAAGAAGAAGGAGGUCAUCACUGAGCUGAUCCACGACGAGGGCGAGGACCGCCACAAGAUCACCACUGUCAUUGGAGCCAAGGACGGUCUCGGUGUCGAGUGUCUGAAGGGCUCUGGUCUUAUUGCCGGUGCUACUUCCAAGGCUUACGAGGACAUCUUCACUAUCACUCUGGUUACCUGCCGCUCCGUCGGUAUUGGUGCUUACCUGGUCCGUCUCGGCCAGCGUGCCAUCCAGGUCGAGGGCCAGCCCAUCAUCCUGACCGGUGCCCCGGCUAUCAACAAGCUGCUUGGCCGCGAGGUGUACACCUCCAACCUGCAGCUGGGUGGUACCCAGAUCAUGUACAAGAAUGGUGUCUCGCACAUGACCGCCAAGGACGACUUCGAGGGUGUCCAGAAGAUCGUCGAGUGGAUGGGCUUCGUCCCCGACAAGAAGGGUGCUCCUAUCCCCAUCCGCCCCUGGUCCGAUGACUGGGACCGCGACGUUGCCUACUUCCCGCCGCCCAAGCAGGCCUAUGACCCCCGCUGGCUGAUUGGCGGUAAGCAGGAGGAAGAGGGUUUCCUGCCCGGUCUGUUCGACAAGGACUCCUUCGAGGAGGCGCUCGGUGGCUGGGCCCGCACCGUUGUCGUCGGUCGUGCCCGUCUCGGCGGUAUCCCCAUCGGUGUCAUCGCUGUCGAGACCCGCUCUGUUGAGAAUAUCACACCGGCCGAUCCUGCCAACCCUGACUCCAUGGAGAUGAUCAGCAUGGAGGCCGGUGGUGUCUGGUACCCCAACUCGGCGUACAAGACAGCCCAGGCGCUGCGCGACUUUAACCACGGCGAGCAGCUGCCCGUCAUGAUCCUGGCGAACUGGCGCGGUUUCUCCGGCGGCCAGCGCGACAUGUACAACGAGGUGCUGAAGUACGGCUCAUACAUCGUCGACGCCCUCGUCAAGUACGAGCAACCCAUCUUCGUCUACAUCCCGCCCUUCGGCGAGCUGCGCGGCGGCUCCUGGGUCGUCAUCGACCCAACCAUCAACCCGGACCAGAUGGAGAUGUACGCCGACGAAGACGCCCGCGGCGGUGUCCUCGAGCCGGAGGGUAUCGUCAACAUCAAGUACCGCCGCGACAAACAGCUCGACACCAUGGCUCGCCUGGACGCGACUUAUGGCGAGCUGCGCCGGUCGCUCGAGGACACCUCCCUGUCCACGGAGCAGCUGUCUGCCAUCAAGGCGAAGAUGGCCGAGCGCGAGGAGCUGCUGCUGCCCGUGUAUCUGCAGGUCGCUCUGCAGUUUGCGGACCUGCACGACCGCGCCGGCCGCAUGCAGGCCAAGAACACUAUCCGCGCCCCGCUGCGCUGGCAGAAUGCCCGCCGCUUCUUCUACUGGCGUCUGCGCCGCCGUUUGAGCGAGGAGCUCAUCGUGAAGCGCAUGGUCGCUGCGUCCGCGACCCCCGCGCCCCGCACCGGUGCCGCCGGCGCAAUCCCCUCGUCUACUGCCGGCUCCGAGUCUGGCGCCACCCACGUCUCAGCCGAGUCCCCCCGUGCCACGCACCUGCGCACCUUGCACGCGUGGACUGGCAUGCUGGAUGAGGAGCUCGAGCACAACGACCAAAAGGUCGCUAUGUGGUACGAGGAGAACAAGAAGGCUGUUCAGAGCAAGGUGGAGUCUAUGCGCACCGAGGGCGUUGCGUCCGAGGUUGCGUCGCUGCUUAUUGGUAAUAAGGAGGGUGGCCUGCGUGGUGUGCAGCAGGUGCUUUCUAUGCUACCCGUUGAGGAGCGCGAGAGUGUGCUGAAGUAUCUUGCCUCGGCUUAG